UGUCAUCUCCUGAUUUUUCAAGUCGAGGAGAAUGAGGGUUGCCUUUCCCCCUCGUUUGUAAACCGGAGUUUUCUGAUUCCUGUGAAUUUAACCUUUUGCCAUUGCCGAGCAAGUCUAGAACACGUCAACCUUGAAGAAUCGGUCCGCCGUCGACCGAUCUCCUCUCUUACGAGCGAACGGGCAUUCCUUUGAGUUGCAAUUCAUGUCCAUGUCAACAGUCAGACCAUGCCCGCUCGAGCUGUCUUGGGGAACCCGGACGGUCGAUCCAGCUUUUUCCCCCGCGGUGGCGUCGCAGACCAAGAAGCGGCUCCUGUCAAUGGGCUGAACGGCAAAUUGUCAUGAUAGAUCGUGGUCGUCACAGUCGUACAUCGGCGUUUUUAUUUCACGCGUCAUCAGCUUUUCCAACAUCGGACGAUGUUCUCCCGCUCACAUUCAGCUGCAACGACGAGGCUUGGGAGGACAUGAACCGGGUUUUGAGUAUUUGGCGGGGAAACGGGGAAAUGGGGAAAUGGGGGAAAACCUGGAGAAGCGAUAUACUCCGGAGUGACAGCUUGACAGAUGGUGGAAUCCCCCAGAUCUUGCCCUUGACAAGUAUAGGGUGCUCAGCCGUUGUAGCAAGGUUCACAAUUGGAGCCGCUCGACUCCAGGCUCAAUUCAUUAGGCAACGGAUCAAUAGCUGGUCUAUGGGUUGCAGUGACGCCUCUCGUGAGCGUUGGCGCCUCUGUCAGUGGCUGCAAAACUCCGGGGUUCGGCCCGAGUACCGUUGGGGCCACAUGCAGGGUGCGACGCUCUUGGAGCUUGAAAACAGGACCCUUGCCAGGGCCGCUGCCUUUCUAUGCACUUGGGCUUCGGCGCUAUUGUUGUAGGAGGAGGUGCAGCCGAUGGCCGGCCCGUUUCGUGCCAAGCAGAAGAAUUGCCAUGCCUUUCGGUACAAUGUACAAGAAGCCCGGCCUCAAAGUCUAAGUGUAAUCACACAUGGAGUACGGCUCGGAGCGAGGGCGGUAAGCGUACUAGCAUGCGCAUAUCGGGCUUGGUCCACCAAUAGGGCCCGCGUC